AUGGAUUUACAACCAGUUUACUAUGAGAAGCAAGAAUUUGUGGAAACUGCAACUGGUAAUAAGGUUAAUAAGAAAUCUCGUUUAUUUGGAAGUCAAAAUAUUGUUCUGAAUGGAAAAUCAAUUCUCAUGAAAGAUUGCAUUUUGCGUGGCGAUAUGAAUAGUAUUCGUGCUGGUAAAUAUUGUGUUGUAGGCGAACGAACUGUUAUACGACCAUCGUAUAAGCGUUUUAGUAAAGGACUCACAUUUUUUCCAGUCCAUAUUGGUGAUCACGUCUUCAUUGAAAAUGAUUGCAUAAUUAUGGCUGCUCAAAUAGGAGCAUUUGUACAUAUUGGAAGUGGUGCUAUUGUUGGGAGAAGUGUUAUAAUAAAAGAUUGCGUACAGGUACUUCCCAAUGCUUUUGUUCCACAUGAUGCUGUCAUACCACCGUUUUCAAUUGUUUCCGGCAAUCCUGGUACUAUUAUCGGUGAAUUACCUGAAUCAACGCAGAACCUUAUGACUCAAGCAACACGAAGUUUUUAUGACAAUUUUGUUUGUUUUUCGAAAAAUCCUUCCAUAGUUGCUUAA